CUUUGUCAGUUCAGUCUGUUAACUAGUCCCUGCAUGGAAGUGGAAUUGCUAGGGAGACGAGGGAAUCCCACUAUAGUUUCGCCUCACUCCUGAUGAAUUUGUAUCGACGUUACCAAGCUUGGUUUGUCUGUCUCAGUCUGCCUGUUCCAUUCGCUGCGUCCACAAGCAUGGCUUGGAGUGAAGUAUAGCGCCACAUCAUCUCGGACUGUCAAGCCGUGUAGAAUACACAACUGAUGCUGUACAACAAACGGUGUAUUUUACAGAAGAAAUUCAUCAGAGGAACCAAGUAGGCCUAUAUUUCAUUGAUGAGGUGCGGGCUUUUUUCAGUUUGACUAUCCAGCAUUUUGGGUUGCCAUAAUAAAGACAUUGGUUGCGCUUGGAUUCGAAUAACGUUAGCCUAUUCACUUUUUGGCCGAAAACGAAAGGGAUUUACGUAGAAAUAUUUUGGUAUAUAUUUUGUUUAUGCAGGCAACCACCAAGUGACUUCGACAAUAUGGCAUUGAGCAGGACGCUUUUGCCAUCCAUAUCCACAUUUGCAAGCGGUCCGACUGUCAAGAAUAAAUCCAUGGGACAUGCGAAUUUGGUGAGUAUGGUAAAUUAUAUUAGCUAUUCAUAUCUCAACAGUCUAGCUAGCCUAAAUAGGACAUGCUGCAUGUUUUUAUUGGUAGGUCAGCUCAUAAUCGGUUUUAAUGUAACCUAUGUAUUUUCUUUGUAAAUUCCUUUGCUUGACCUUAUGUCAUUGCCGCACUCUAGAACACUGCACCUCUGUUGGGGCGUGCACCAGCAAGUAGAAUGUUCAGCGUGGCUACUGACUGAGUGGAUGGUAGCCUACUAUACGUGUUUAGAUUGCAGCAGUGGCAUCUUAUUGCUUUAUUAUAAGACAAUUGAUUUAGGUUGUUGACUUAUCUAUUGCCAAAUAUAUAAUGUGAAUAUAGAAUAGGCUACUGAAUGUGACUGUUUUAAGGAGCCGAGGUUUCUUGUGUUAUAGAAGCCUAAUAAACUACAACUAAUCUAUACAUGUCUGGGAUUACACACAAGAAUAUCUCCUGGCACAAUAUUUUCUCAGGUAGAAGAUACAUUUGACAAAGAACCACAGUUUUUAUAUUUCAGUUAGCUAGAGAGGGGGAAUCUACAGGUAGCCAUAUUUAACAUUUGGCAAUGACAUGUUAUGACCAAAGACUAGUCUCAAUGAUUUAGCCAUAGAGAUCAUAUUACAAUAUUCUAAUUCCUAAUUCUAUGGCCAUUCAGAGUUAUGUUAAUUGAAUGACUAUGACCACAGGUGUCUUUCAGUCCUUGUGCUGUGUAGUAAUGCCUUUCUCUUGCCUUCUCUAGAGAUGGAAGGAGGAUAUCUCCACUGGCAUGACCAAGAGAGAGCCUGAAGACCUGGACCUACUAGACUACGACUUUAUCCUGUCCAACACUAUGCUGCAACAGCAGGCUGAGGCCAUGGCAGCAAGUGGGUCCCAGAACCUGUCCCCUUCCCCAGGCUCCUACUCCUCCUACCAGCUCCCCUCUCCCCAGGACUCUGCCCACAGUGACAUGCUGUACACCAUCCCUGACAUCAGCGACGUGUCCCCCUCUGGGGGGUUCGUGGCCGAGCUGAUGAGGCCUGAACUGGAUCCGGCAUACCUCCACCCCACCAGCCUGCAUGGCAAGUUUGUGGUGAAGACCACCAUGGAUAUGGCAGAGUACGGCCACAGCAUUAAUAUGAUUAGUAAGGCCGGUGUUGGUGUCGGUGCUGCCACGGACCACUCCUCCUCAUUGCCGUUUGUUUGCCAUAUGAUAAAGCAGGAGAACCCCAGCAUGUGCACCAUCACCCAACCCAUGGACCUCCACCUUGGGGGGGUGAACUCACACUCCCAGCCCAGGUCUGGACAGAGGCCCCACCUCGACCCCCACGGUUUCCCCCCAGGGGGGCGUCCUAUGACAGCCAGCCGAUCAGCCUCAUCUCUGUCCCCGGACCACACACUGGCCAGGGACCACCACCCUUCCAGCCAGGUGUUAUCCCACCCCCAGGUCCCUCUGCCUGGCCAGGGAUACCACCACAACUCUCCGACAGGCUACUCCCCCUUCCCUCAACAGCCUGGGUCUCUACAGUACCAAGGUCAGUACAACUUCAAUCUAAGUGUUUUUGACCAACAGCCUUUUUUUCACAUUCCUCAUUUGCUGGUGCCUGAUGUUGAGGUAAACUCUGAGGGGAUGAUGCUGAAGCUCAUCACUCCACCCUCUCCACCCCGUCUAGAGCUCAUGUCCCCCGGCGGAGAAUGUCUACCGGAGGAGCCCAAACCCAAACGCGGCCGGCGCUCCUGGCCCAGGAAGAGAAUCGCCACACACACGUGUGACUACGCCGGCUGUGGGAAAACAUACACCAAGAGCUCCCACCUCAAGGCACAUCACCGAACCCACACAGGUUGGUACACAUGUUGGUUGUCUCAUUGUUAAAACGCCGUUUCAAACGGUUCUAUGAUGUCAGAAGAACUUUAGGAGGCACUCUCUCUUUUUUCUCUCUCUUUUUGUGAGACUUUAUUUAGGGCAUAGUUAGCCUUCAUCAAUCUUUCAACCAGUUGGGUCGUUUUUCAUUCCCAUGUCCUUCUUAAUUAUGGGGGACAGCAUUCAUUACUGUAGUUUAUGGUUUAUUAUGGGAUGGUAGGCCUUUCUUGAUUCACAACGGGAAACUUUGACAUGGAGUUUUAAAUCGGAUAAAUAUGAACAGUACUUUUCCUUGUUUAUUCAUUUAGUAAUGAUUUGGUAUGCAGACCAGUCUGUUGCAAGGGAGACGUAGAUUUAAUGGCUGGAAUAAUCCAUUUAAUUGAUUGUAAUGGAACAAUUUGUAAUAGGCAGCAACGUGACCUUUUGCUACAUUAUGAGAGGAGGAUUUUAUUUACAUUUUUUUCUCUAGUAAUUCCAGUUAAUUUCCCUCAGCUGUACACUCUAUGUUGACCUAUAACUAGUACCUUCCCUGCUACCCCAAGAUGCUUGCCCCUGGCAUAACGGCUGUUGUAUUGCCAGCAGUAGAGAGAGAGAGAGAGCGAGAGAGAGAGAGAGAGAGAGAGAGAGAGAGAGGAGAGAGAUGAUGGAGAGAGAGAGAGAUGAGAGAGAGAGAUGGCGAGAGAGAGAUUCUGCGAUGAGCAGAAGCUUGAGAUAGAGGUCGACGAUCUCUCUCGAUGAGCUCUCGAUCUCUCUCUCUCUCUAGACGAGAUCUCUCUAUCGCUAUCUCUCUCUCUCCCGCUAGAUCGUCUCGCUCUCUCAGAGAGAGAGGAAGCAGACCCAGUUGGCAGGUGUCAUGAACAGACAACAGCAGCUAGCAGCAGGUUGAUACUGAUCCUGUUCAAAUACAACCGCAGGUUGAUUCGUUUACAAUUAAUGCACUGCAGGACAGGACCGACCUCUUUCUGUGGUGAGGAGAGUUUGGUCUGUUUUCACUCUAGGGUGAACAAACUAAAUUCUAACUGCCUUGCUUCUCUCUCUCUCUCUCUCUCUCUCUCUCUGUGUGUGUCUAUGUAUGUGUGUUGUGUCAUUAAUAGGAGAGAAGCCUUAUUGCUGUGACUGGGAGGGCUGCGGCUGGAAGUUUGCCCGUUCGGACGAGCUCACGCGGCACUACAGGAAACACACCGGGCAUCGCCCCUUCCAGUGUGCCAAGUGUGACAGGGCCUUCUCAAGGUCCGACCACCUGGCUCUACACAUGAAGAGACACCUAUGA